AUGGCCUCCCCCGAGCCCGUACGCGUGCCCAUCCCCAAGAAUGGCGUCGACUACCGCGGCAAAGUAGUGCUUGCGCCAAUGGUGCGCUCCGGUGAAUUGCCCUCACGACUGCUGGCCCUCAAGUACGGCGCAGACCUGGUAUGGGGUCCAGAGACAAUUGAUCGCGCCAUCAUCGGUACCACAAGGCGCUUCAACCCGCACACAUCGACUCUCGAGUUCACACGCCUGCCUACGUCCAAGAUCAAGAACCCGACCCUCGACCCCGACCUCCGUGAGAGCGUCAUAUACCGCAUACAUCCCGAGUUGGAGAAGGGCAAGCUCAUCUACCAAAUUGGUACGGCGAAUCCUGAGCUCGCAGUUCAGGCAGCCAAGAUUGUCGCAGCAGAUGUCGCCGGGAUCGAUGUCAAUUCAGGCUGCCCCAAGCCAUUCUCCACCUCUGGUGGAAUGGGCGCAGCGCUUCUGAGAACACCAGAUCUGCUCUGUGACAUCCUCACAAGGCUCGUCGAAGAGGUGGGCAAGCCAUUCGAGAUUGGCAUCAGCGUCAAGAUCCGUAUCCUCGACCAGCCCGAAGACACCGCCGCCCUGGUGAAGCGCCUCGUCCGUACUGGCAUCACCGGUCUUACCGUCCACUGCCGCACCACGCCCAUGCGACCACGAGAGCGAGCAAUUCGCGACCAACUCAAGAUGAUCGGCGAAAUCUGCAGAGAAGCCGGUGUCGCCUGCGUUAUGAACGGCGACGUAACCUCGCGCACCGAAGCCUUAAAACUAAUGCAAGAAUUCUCCGUUGACGGCGCCAUGAUCGCCACUGAAGCCGAAAAAAAUCCCAGCUGCUUCCGUCCCGACGCAGAAGGUGGACCCCACGAAUGGCGCUCCCAGUGGAAAACCGUAGUCACAGAGUACAUGCGCUUUGCCCUCCAAGUCGCUAACAGAUGGGGCAACACAAAGUACCUCCUCGGCCAAAUGAUUCCUGGCAAAGAAAAAGCAUAUGCGGCCAUGAAUAAGUCAAAGUGCUACACCGAUGUUAUUAAAGCUCUAGGACUUGACAAAGUAGAUGAUUUGCUGCUUCAGGCGCAGAAAGUGGACGAGCACUUGGGCAUUCCGAUUCAGGAGUCUAGAGCGUCGAAGCGUGCGAGGGUUAAGGAGGCGACUAGGCCUGAGGGAGAGGUUAAGGAGCAGGGGGAGAAGAGGAAGGAGAGGGAGGGCGAGGAACCGGAAGCUAAGAGGGUUAAAGUGCCGGAAUCGACUGCUGAGGUCGAACCGGAGGCGGGGAUUGCGCAGGCUAACGAGGUUCUGGUGCCGGCGGCCUUAAGUGUUUAG